AUGAAGGGCUGGCAGGCCGCCGCCGGCUUCCUGGGCGUGGGGACGGUGAUCUCGCUCCUGAGCUUGAUCGGCGACACGACGAGCUACGACGAGACGAAGUACAAGGUCGCGGGCCAUUGGGCGGACACGACGACGGAGACGGCGACCGUCGGCGGCAAGCGAUCGAAGCAGGCGUCGAGCGACGACGGCGACGACUUCGUCGGCGAGAACGACGGCGGCACGAAGCUGCCCCCGAACGCGCCGAGCUUCAAGUCGAAGCAGGGGGGCCGGUCGACGGACGACGACGGCGACGACUUCGUCGGCGAGAACGACGGCGGCACGAAGCUGCCCCCGAACGCGCCGAGCUUCAAGUCGAAGCAGGGCCGGUCGACGGACGACGAGGGCGACGACUUCGUCGGCGAGAACGACGGCGGCACGAAGCUGCCCCCGAACGCGCCGAGCUUCGAGUCGAAGCGGGGGGGCCGGUCGGCGGACGACGACGACGCCUUCGCGGGCGAGAACGACGGCGGCAGCAAGGUCCCGCCGGCGAUCCACCACCUCCUCGACACGGCCUACCUCGACGAGCUGCCGAGCGCGACGACGCAGCAGCAGAACAUCCUGCUCAUCCUCGCGGACGACAUGGGCUACAACGACGUCGGCUACCAGAGCACGGACCUCGGCGCGGCGACGCCGACGCUCGACUCGCUCGCGUCGCGGGGCGUCGAGCUCGCGAGCUACUACACGCUGCCGAGCUGCACGCCGGCGCGCAGCUCGUUGUUCACGGCGAACUACGCGGCGAACAACGGCAUGGGCUACGACGGCCCCGGGACCUACGUCAUCGACAGCUCCUACGGCCUCCCCCUGGGCGCGACGCUCAUGAGCGAGGUGCUCAAGGGCCGGGGCUACGCGACGCACAUCGAGACGUACUUCUCCCACGAGGCCUACGGCACGGACCCGAACAACGGCACGUCCUACUGCGACCUCAUGCGGUCCAACUCGGUCGACGGCGUCAAGGUCGGCGAGUGCUACCUCGACGAGUACUCGACGGACCUGUACGCGCGGCGCCUCGUGGACGUCGUCGGCGAGCACGCGACGACGUCGGACAGCCCCCUCUUCCUCUACUUCGCGGCCCAGGCGCCCCACGCGCCCCUCGAGGAGCCGCCGCCGAUGAACGCGACGGCGCCGCAGGAGGCGAUGCUCGCGGCGCUCGUCGGCGCGGGCGACUCCUGGGGCAAGCGGCGGACCUUCGCGAAGAUGGUCAUGAAUUUGGACAACAACGUCCGCAAGGUCGUCGACGCCCUCGCCGCCGCGAAGCUCCUGCAGAACACGGUCGUCGCGUUCGCGUCCGACAACGGCGGCUGCCCGCGCGACGGCGGCUCGAACUGGCCGCUCCGGGGGACCAAGUUCUCCCAGUACGAGGGCGGCGUGCGCGUGCCCGCCUUCCUCUGGUCGUCGACGCUCCAGAAGCGCGGCGCGGGCACGGUCUUCGAGGGCCUCUUCCACGUCGCCGACUGGUUCCCGACCUUGGUCGCGUCCGCGGGCGUCCGGGCGACCGUGGGCAAGAUCGACGGCGUCAACCAGUACGACGCGCUCUUCGACGCGACGCAAAACGCGCCGCGCGACGAGGUGCUGAUUCAUUUGAACAAGUGGACGCCCGGAGCGGACCACGCGGCCGCGACGGCCUUCGACGCCGCGCCCGCCGCGCUCCGGUGGAAGCACUGGAAACUGAUCGUGAACGAGGGGCCCAUGGUCGUCAACGCGCCGGCGAUGAACGCGUCCUGGUGCGCCUGCUCCCUCACGGCCCACAGCUCCACGUCCUACCUCUUCAACCUCGCGAACGACAAGAACGAGUCCGUGGACGUGCGGAGCGACCGGCCCGACAUCUACGCGAAGAUGGUCGCCAAGCUGCGCGUCUACUACGACGACGCGGCCAAGUCCGCCUGGAAGCCCGAGGGCAAGGAGGCGGCCUACGCGAACUGGCGCGCCGCGGACAACUUCGUCGUGCCCUGGGUCGGCAACGUGUCCCUCACGCUCGCCGACAGCCCGGACAAGCUCGCCGCGAGCCGCGCGGCCGUCGCGGCGUCCGCCUCGGGCACGACGACCGUGAACGCGAGCCGCGGCGCCGACGCGCCGGCGGCGGCGGCGGCGCUGUGCAGCACGGCGCCGAGGCCCUGGAACUGGUGGGCGUCGCAGGCGACGACGACGUGUGCUGCGGCGCGCGCCGUGCGCCUCGCGGCGACGCUGCCGAAGGACGAGACGCGCGUCAGCGACCUGCGCGACUCCGCGCCGCACGCCGACGGCCGCGGCGUCGUCUGCGCGGUGCUCGACACGGGCUGCGACCUCAACGCGGCCGGGCUCGCGACGACGUCGCACGGCCUGCCCAAGUACGUCGACUUCCUCGACUGCACGGGCGGCGGCGACGUCGACGUGACCAAGGUGGAAAAGCGCCGCGGCGACCACGUCGCCUCCGCGGCCGGCGGCGACCUGCGGCUCGGCGCGUGGGCCGACGGCGUCGACGAGUUCCGCGUCGGCGCCGUCCGCCUCUGGAGCCUGCUCCCCGGGUCGGCGCUGAGCCGCGUCAAGGCGGAGCGGCGCGCGGCCUUCGACGCCGCGGACGCGGCGGCGCGCGCCGAGGCGCAGCGCGAGCUCGACGGCGUCGCCGCGUGGGAGCCCUCGCCCGCGGAUGUGGAGGCCUGGGCCCCGAAGGCGCCGACGGCGGCCGCGGCGAGGAAGGCGCGCAAGGCCGAGCUCGAGCUCCGGCUCGCGCAGCUCGCGAAGCUCUCGGAGGACGACUACGACGACGCGGGGCCGACGCUGCACGUCGUCGCCUUCAAGGACGCGGAAGGAGGCUGGCGCGCCGUCGUCCACGACGCGUCCGACCUCCGCGGCGCCGUCGCCAUGGCGCCCUUCGCGAAGCACCGCGAGAUGGGCGAGUUCGGCCACGGCUCCGCCGUGACCUACUGCGUGCAGAUCGGCGACCUCGACGGCGGCGGCGCGCUGUCGAUCGUCGCGGACGCGGGCAGCCACGGCACGCACGUCGCGGGCAUCGUCGCCGCCCACUACGACGACGCGUCCGCCGACGGCGUCGCGCCGGGCGCGCAGAUCCUCGCGCUGAAGAUCGGCGACGGCCGGUUGGGCUCGGCGGAGACGGGCGCGGGCCUCGUCCGCGCGCUCGUCGCCUGCAAGCGCUACGGCGUCGACCUCAUCAACCUGAGCUACGGCGAGCCCUUCUACGACGCGUCGACGAAGGGACGCGUCGCGGAGACCUUCGACGCCGCCGUGCGGAAGUGGGGCAUGACCGUGUUCACGUCGGCGGGCAACGACGGCCCCGCGCUGUCGAGUCUGGGCGCGCCCGGCUGCCUCAGCGCGCCCAUCACCGUCGGCGCCUACGUGUCCAACGCCAUGAUGAAGGCGCAGUACGCCAUGCUCCCGGACGACGGCGGGCGCGUCGCCGACACGUCCUACACGUUCUCGUCGCGGGGCCCGACGCCGGACGGCUGGCUCCCGACGCUCUGCGCGCCCGGCGGCGCGGUCGCGCCCGUGCCGCGCCACGUGCUCACGGGCCGCGCGCAGUACCACGGCACGUCCAUGUCGUCGCCGAACGCCUGCGGCGUCGCGGCGUGCGUGCUGAGCGCGCUCGAGGACCGGCCGAACCCGGCGGCGCUGCGGCGCGCGCUCGAGAACUCGUGCGUCGCCGUGCCGUCCGCGGACCCCUUCGCGCAGGGCUUCGGCUUGGUCGACGCCGUCGGCGCCGUGGCGUACCUCGAGGCGCACGCGGGCAAGCCCGCCCAGGACGUGGCCUUCGACGUCACCGUGCCGUCGUUCGGCGGCGGCCGCGGCAUCUACCUGCGCGACGCGGGGCAGGUCGCGUCGCCCGCGGCCGUCGGCGGCGUCGUCGUGGGCGUGCAGGUGAGGCCGCUCUUCGAGCACGCGCGCGAGCGCACGGCGCAGGAGCUCGAGGCCGCGCUCGCGUUCGACCUGGACCUCGACCUCCGCUGCGCCGCGCCGUGGGUCGAGACGCCCGCGAAGCUCCAGCUCAUGUCGGGCGCGGGCGUCGUCGGCGCGCGGCCCCAGUCCUUCAACGUGAAGAUCGACGCCGCGGACCUGGCGCCCGGCGCGCACUUCGCGCGCGUCGAGGCCUUCGACGCGACGGACGGUGCGCGGGGCCCGCUCUUUACGCUGCCCGUGACGGCCGUCGUCCCCCACAACGGCCUCGAGGACGACGGUCGCGUCGACUACGCCUACGCCGCGGUCCUCGACAGCGGCGUGCCGGACCGGCGCUUCCUCCGCGCGCCGAAGAACGCCGAGUACGCCAAGGUCAAGCUCAGGACCGGCGCGCUCCCGCGGGGGCCGCACGCGGUCACGUUCCACGCCGUGCCGUCGGCGCGCGGCGACCUGCCGAACACGGCGUGCCAGACCAAGGAGUACCCCGUGCUCCGCCCGCACUCGGAGGAGACCCUGAUCGUCCCCUGCCAGGGCGGCGCGACGAUGGAGCUCUGCGUCGCUUUGGGCUGGAUGUCGAACCCCGUCGACGGCGUGCCGCUCGACGUCGACGUCGAGUUCUACUCGUUCGGCCUCGGCGAGCAGCUCGCGACGGGCGGCGCGACGGACUCGAGCCUCGGCGUGCGCAUCGGCGCGGCGGCCGAGUUCGCGCGCCUCGAGGUCGGCGCGCCCCUCCGGGCGAUGGAGAUCAACCCCAAGGCGACGCUCACGCACGUCGAGCGCGCGCUGCGGCCCCAGUCCUGCAAGAUCGCGGCCGGCGACGCGCUCCUCGACUCGCUGCCGCCGUCGGACGCGGUCCUCGCGGACGACCCGGCGGCGCCGGCGACGCUCGUCCAGGACGCGGUCCUCGCCUACGCCUUCGACGUCCGCUCCGCCGACGCGCUCGACGCGUCGUCGACGCUCAAGGUCGUGCCCCGCGCCGAGGCGCUCCACGCGCAGCUCUACGACUCGCCCCUCGACGGCGCCGUCUGGCGCCUCAAGGACGCGAACGGCCGCGUCGUCGACCACGGCGGCCUCAUCCACGACCAGGCCCCGUCGCCGCUCCGCGCGGGCUCCCACCGGCGCUCCUACGAGCUCGAGCUCCGCAUCCGCCACCCGGACCGCGCCGUGCUCGAACGCGUCAAGGAUUUGCCGCUGCUCCUGCGAGUGGAACUCCCGGCGGCCCUCGAGUGCCCCGUGCUCGCCGACCGGGGGCCCGCGUCCGUGGGAGGGGGCACGCAGAUGCCGGCGGGCUUCCUCCGCAAGGACGCGCGGCGCGCGCUCUACGUCCGCCGCCCGGACAAGGCGGCGCCGUCCUGGGUCGAUCCCGGCGACGUCAUGGUCGGCUCGAUCAACCUCGACGCGGGUCUCCUCGGCGGGUCCCGCGUCAAGGUGCCCCUCGCGUACGAGGUGCCGCCCAAGGCCAAGGCCGACGGCGACGACGACGACGACGACGACGACGACGACGGCGACGACCUCUCCGACGAAGAAAAAGAUGCCAAGGCGCUGCUCGAGGCGCUCCGCGACGCGCGCCUGAAGGCGCUCGACGGAUUGAAGGGCGCGGACCCGCCGUCGCGCCACGCGGCGCUCGCGGCGGCGAUCGCCGAGGACCACCCGGGCCACCUCCCGCUCCUGCGGGCCGUCCUCGACGACGCGGUCAAGCGCGCGGAGAAGGACGACGGCGCCGCGGCGGCGUCGAAGGUCGUCGCCGCCGCCGAGGCGCUCGUCGCGGCCUGCGACGCGGAGGCGGUCUCGACCUACUUCGGGCGCGACGAGCCCCGCGAGGGCCGCGAGGCGAAGAAGCGCGGCGAGGACAUGGACGAGAAGCGCAAGGCCCUCCGCGCGGCGCUCCUCGCCAAGGCCCUCGCGGCGCCCGAAGACGAAACCGCCGUCGACGACCUCAAGCGCUGGGCGCCCGACGACGGCGCGCUCGACGGCGACGGCGCCAAGGACGACUACGCGCUCGCGCUCGCGCGCUACGAGAGUGCCCGGGGCCGCCCGGCCGCGGCGCUCGCGCUGCUCCGCGGCCGCAUCGAGAAGGCGGACCUCGCGUCCGUGCUCGGCCGCGGCAAGAAGCUCCUCGAGCUGAAGAUCGCCACGCUCGACGCCCUGGGCCUCGCCCACUGGGUCGCGCACGCGGAGGAGGAUCUCGCGCGCCGCUACCCGGCGACGUCGCCGCCGCUCUAA